CACAUGUUGCCGCCGAAGAAGAAGAAGCACACUCAAAACAAAUAAAUAUUUUGAGCAAUUUUUUAAUUUUAAAAGCAAGAAACCAGACCCACCCAAGAUGCCCAAGGUCACGAAGGAAAAAAAGAGUCGCAUUCAUAAUGAUGUGCAAAAACAGGGAAUCGUUUUCAACAAGGACUUUGGCCAGCACAUCCUGAAGAAUCCCCUGGUGAUAACCAGCAUGCUGGAGAAGGCCGCUCUGCGAGCCACCGAUGUGGUGCUGGAAAUCGGUCCUGGAACAGGAAACAUGACCGUUCCGAUGCUGGAGCGCGCCAAGAAGGUUAUCGCCUGUGAGAUUGACACCCGUCUGGCCGCCGAGUUGCAAAAGCGUGUGCAGGCCACUCCGCUGCAGCCGAAGCUCCAGGUGCUGAUCGGUGACUUCCUAAAGGCGGAGCUGCCAUUCUUCGAUCUGUGCAUUGCCAACGUGCCGUAUCAGAUCAGUUCGCCACUGAUCUUUAAAUUGCUCCUCCACCGACCACUCUUCCGGUGCGCCGUACUCAUGUUCCAGCGUGAAUUCGCAGAGCGAUUGGUGGCCAAACCGGGUGACAAGCUCUACUGUCGCCUGAGCAUCAACACCCAACUUCUGGCCCGGGUGGACAUGCUCAUGAAGGUGGGCAAGAACAACUUUAGGCCGCCACCAAAGGUAGAAAGCAGUGUAGUCCGGCUGGAGCCAAAGAACCCACCGCCACCGGUCAACUUCACCGAAUGGGACGGACUCACACGGAUUGCCUUCCUGCGCAAGAACAAAACGCUGGCGGCCACCUUUAAGGUGACCUCCGUUUUGGAGAUGUUGGAGAAAAACUACAAACUGUAUCGCUCCCUCAGGAAUGAGCCCGUUGAAGAUGACUUUAAAAUGCAGAACAAAGUCAUUGCCAUCUUGGAGGAACAGGACAUGGCAACAAAACGUGCGAGAAGCAUGGACAUCGACGACUUUAUGCGACUCCUGCUGGCUUUCAAUUCAGCGGGCAUUCACUUCAAUUAGUUAUAUUUAAUAUAUAGAUCGUUAAACUUUGUACAAUUUAACAACAUUAAUAUAAAUGUUAAGCCAACGAA